AAAUGUCGCUCGCCGUGUGAAACAAAUGUUUAUGUUCCGAAAAUGUGGUUUUAAAAAUACGUUUUUUAGUUGAAGUACAGCGUAAAUAAUUUCUCAAUGUCAUACAAGUACAUCUGCAUGACCUGGAAUAUAUAAUAUCGAUAAAUCGGGGUUUAUUAAUCCAAAAACGUAGUUGAUAUUUUGGGGUUAAUUCUGGUGGAUGAAGUAGUUUUUGCAAUGAUUAUAAAUUAUUUUAAAAACGAGAUGUUGUUGAGGUACUGUCAGUAUGCAGCGCGGAGCCAGCCGAGGUAUUUUUUCACAAGUGCUAUCAGGAAUUCAUUCACGAGGAGAAAAUCAGAGGCGGAAUUGGCGUCCGAGAAAAAACGGGAGACGGUGCAUUAUUUCACCGCAAUUGGGUUGUUAACUCUCGGUCUGGCUUAUGCUGCUGUUCCUCUGUACAGAUUAUUCUGUCAGGCGACGAGUUAUGGUGGCACCGUCAGCACUCACAGCGGAGGGGGCGUCGACAAUAUGAAGCCAGUGAAGGACAGAAUCAUAAAAGUCCAUUUCAACGCCGACACUGGGGCAGCUAUGCUCUGGAACUUCCAUCCCCAACAGAGAAAUAUCAAAGUGGCUCCUGGUGAAACAGCCCUGGCCUUUUACACAGCCACAAACCCAUCCGACAAGGCUGUCAUUGGAAUUUCUACGUACAACGUAGUUCCUUUCGAGGCUGGACAGUACUUUAAUAAAAUCCAGUGUUUCUGUUUUGAGGAACAGCAGUUGAAUCCCCAUGAAGAGGUUGACAUGCCAGUAUUCUUCUACAUCGAUCCAGAAUACGCUGAGGACCCUAGACUAGAGAAUUGCGACGACAUCACCCUUUCCUACACGUUCUUCGAGGCUAAAAGAGGACUAGAUUUGCCUGUACCAAGCUAUAUUAAGAAGCACAUUACCCAGGGCAAUUAGUCAGUGUCUAGGCAGAAAUUGUACAGAAGAUUAUCAAUUAAAUAUUAAAUUCUAAUUUAAUUCAA